CGGGUCAGUGAAAUAUCAUUAUGAUUCAUAAUUUAUAAUUAAUACACAGAAUGAUAAGUCCCCAAUUGACAUCCGGGCAUUUUCAAGAUGUCAGCUCCCAUGGUGAGGUUGUGUGUAGGCAUGUUGUACAAAGGGAACAUGAUGUGGUGUAUGAGGAGAACAAGUGACCUAGCUAGAUCCAGAGGCUACCAGACCAUGCUUUACACAUAUCAGAGUGGCAUCAGAGGAGCACAAUCUGGUAGUGCUAAGACAGCCAUAUUCCAAAGAUGCUUCAACUUGAAAAAAGCUUCCCUGAAUGUGACAAGACUCUUCAUGCAGAAACCAAAUAAGUUUAAGCCACGUCAUAAUGUAGACAAACUUCCGAAAGAACACCUAAUGAUAUACUCCAACAAUUUGAACAAUUAUGUACUGUGGUGCUCUUUGUUGUAUUAUGGAUGUGCAGUACCACCUUGUGUGUAUGCUAUAUACCACGCUUACAAAUGUGUCAGAUCAGGAGUCUACACAUCACAAGACUUUAGCUUCUUUUUUAUGGGAUUUGUUGGCCUCAGUUUAGGUGCACUAUUCUACCUGUUUAGUAAACGACAAUUAAUUAGGAUCUAUUAUGAUACAAAAAAGGAAAUAUUUACUGGAAUCAAAUGGACAUUAUUUAUGCAAUCGCGAAAGUUCACUUUUAAGGAAUCAGACUGUAUCAUGAAAGCUCCAAAUGCGGCUCUCAGUUUUGCUACAGGGAACGUCAGAAUAAAGAACAAUGGCUACUUGCUGAUGCCUGGUGACUUUAUUAGCCCAACAUUUUACAAUAAAUUAACCAGGGAUUAUUGAGAAAUGAGCAGUUUCAAAAUUGAGGUUUUAUCGAACUAAGAAUUGACUUAAAUACCUUAAUGACCUUUUAUUGUUUCUCAAAACAUAUUCUCCCGAAAUCAGGAAAUAAGGGGGAUGAGCAGGGAAAUUCUGUAGGGAAAUUCAGUCACAAAAAAUAAUGAUUGACAACUAACACUGCCCCCAAGUUUAAUGACUAUCCAAAAUGACCUUGACAUUAAGCAAAAUAUACUUCGCUCACUAAAGGAAGUCAAAAAUUAUUCAACACAUCUUGUUUAAUUGGUCUUCAAGAGCAAUUUCAUGUUCACAAAUUAAAAUAAAG